CUGGCAGGUUGUUGCUCCAAUAUGCACUACUACCUACCGUACCGCUGGCAGGAGUUCAACGGAACAGAUUGGGAGGACCUUCCAAAUAUGGAAAAUCUGGAGCAGGCAUAUAGUGAUCCAAACAUUUUCAGGUACCUGUCAGUUGAUUUCCAAACCAUGAAAAUGGGUACCAGACGUGUCCGCAGACUCACCACCCCGUCAUCUGUCACAAAGCCCUCUGAAUAUGUACUGACCACUGAAUGGAUUUGGUACUGGAAGGAUGAGUUUGGCACCUGGACCAUGUAUGGCCAAACGAACACAAAGAAAGUGAGUUCCUCCAUUUGCUCAUCA